AUGGGCGCAGUUCCGUCGCGCGAGUGCACCUCGCUAUUCUCGUACUUCCGCGGGAGCUACGAGGUGGGUAUGGUGCCGCUGACCAAGUACUACUUUGGUAAGGACACAGACGCCACCACCGCCCCAGUGGAUGUCGAUGUUAGCGUUCACAUUGCCCCCCUGCAGCGUGCGAUCACCGCUGGUCGUAAGCCACAGCAGCAGCCACCAUCACUUCUUUUGCACGCAGGCUCGCGCAGCCACAUGCGUCAACAGCUGCGGCAACAGCUAUUACUCAUGCGCCGCGAUCCUGCGGUCCUGUAUGCCAACGCCCGUGACGCGCAGAAUAUUCUGCAGAGCCUGUCGCGCCAGGAGAACAGCACCCAUCAUAAGAGCAGUGGCAGCAGCGAAACGCGCGCCACCUCUGCAGAGACAGCAAGCCUGUCGUCCACGGCGCGUGUUGCAAAGGAUGCCUCAACGUCAGCAGCAACUGGUGUGGCAGCCGCCGCGGACCACAACGUCAACGAGAACAGCGGUGCCGCAACGCCGGAGAAGAGCCGUACCGACAGCCUCACAGGCGCCUCGGACAGCGAGAGAAGCGGCUCAAACCCCCCGGUGCACCAGCAAGACGGCAGCAGCGCAAAUGACUCUUGUGCGACGGAACGCCUGUUCAGAAACUACUGGAGUAUCAUGCCGGACAACAACUUCACCGAGGCGGACCUGGACCGCUUCCUCGACCUCGUAGACGCGACGCUCUUCGAUACGAACGACGAGCUGAUCUCAGCCGACCCUAUCUUCUCCGGCACAGCAGCGACGCCAGGCACGUCCAGCACGAAGUCUUUUAUGCCUGUGCCGUGUGCUCUCUGCCUCGCCUACCCGGAUGGCAAGGAGCGUGAGGGCGCCCUUGCGUUGGAUGGGCGCGUGAUCAACAUAAUUGGUUACUUUGGGCUCAUGACACGUGAGAUGCAGGACGCCUUCAAGGUUGUGAAGCGGUUUCCAAACGAGUUGGAGAAGCAGCGGCAGCACGCCGACGAGGCUGACAGCGCAUCAGGGUCGAUCAUGUUUCUCAACACGGCCAUCCUCACGUCCGCCGGUGACCGCACCCUCGAGCGCGUGCUCGUGCUUGCGGCAGUGAUGCUCCGGCAGCAGUUUCACACGAUUGGGCGUCGACAUGCUCUGCAGGCAAAACUGAGCCAGCUUCUGCAGGAGCAGAGUGAGCAUAAGCACAACGUCGACCCGCAGAUGGUGCGCUACCUGCAAAAACUGUUGGCACUCCCACCUAGGGCGGAGCAGCAGCAGCCGUUCUUCGAUCCUCUGUUGGAGGUCCCGCUGCCCAGUAUACCAUCCGGCAUUUACACGCCUACCCAGUACGUCAACGCCGCCUCCAAUGAAGCGUCGCAGCGCCCACACGCCUCAUCCCUUAGCAGCUGCGGUCGCCCUGCACUCGGCAACUUCCCCGGCGGCGGAAAGUUUCAGAACUCCACGAUGGGGCUCUGCAAUGGCGUCGCUGGGGAAUCCUCGUCCCCUCACUUGCGGUCGUUGCCGAACGAUCGACCGUCAUCGAUGGGCGGCACGCACAGCGCGUCUGGCGCUGGAAGCGGACAUGUACUGCUGUAUCCGCAACAGAGCGCCAGCGGCGUGCCCGCGGGCGGUGUGCUAGGCGUCUCCCACAACUCAUUGGGGCCCGGGUCCGGGUCAGAGGGCACGUGCCCACCGCUAAUGGACGGCUGUGGCGAAUCGCUUGGGGCUAAUGCAGCAAUGUCGUCCCCGCCCGUCUUAGGCCCGCUUCCACUUAGCCAGUCGGACGAAGACGCCAUCACGCUUGCUCUGUGUCGUCGCAUGCAGCAAGGCCGCGUGGUCAUCGAAACAGCAAGCAACAACUACUCAGCCUUGAAAUCGCUGACGGAGAACUUUGCGUUCCUGUGUUGCCAAAUUCUGCUUGAUCCGAGCCUCAUCACAAUGGAGCUGGUCGAGCUGCCGGCGCUGGUGGAGACGCCUUCCUUUAAGCCCGCGGAGUCCGCCAAGACGGUGGCAACAACGCUCAGCUCCACCGCUAGUGAGGAAGCACGGUCCAGCACGGGCAUUCCCCACCCCACGGCGGACGACGAGAAGCCGGUGAGCACGGCGCGACCCUCACAACCCCAGCUCCCGCCAUCCUCUGCCGUGCUUAUCAAGCUCGAUCCGCAGCAUGUGUGCCAGGCAACCAUGUGGGCUAGCUCCUUCUUUCACUGCCCGACACUCCUCCCCAGCGGUGCCUGGGUCAAGUACAAGCUCAAGGACGAAUGUGAGCAGCUGCGACACGUGCUGCAGAACAAAGACAUGCUCAUUGCCCACUGGCGCAAAACGGACGUCGACCAGGCCGGUCAAUACCUCGGCAAGCACACGGCACGGCUUCUCGAGCACGUGCGUGCCUUACAGGCGGAGACAGAAGAAGCGCGCGCGCUGUCGGCAGAGUAUUGGAUGCAGCGACCCUUGUACGUCAACCAGGACGGACGCAAGUACGGCCUGUAUCAGAGCCGCUACGGUACCAUGCUGAUCGGCGUGCGCGCCUUCACGGCGGGCAACGGGUCAUCGGCAGCGGCGGCGAACGCAAAGGAAGAGCGCUCCGGCAGCACCAAGGCCGCAGUAGGUAACAACGCGACAUCGUUCUCCUGUGGCAGCACGUCACUGGCGGCGCACGCGGGACAGGCCAGCACCAUCUCCAGCAGCCUGCACAGCGCCAACAGCGGCAGCGGAAGCGGCCUCGCGAUCGCCUCGCGUGGAGCGGCGCCGCGGUCGGGGGGCGCGAAUGGUAGUCGCAUGGGCCACCAUAGCGUUUUCAGCUCCAACAACGACGUGGGCAUGGGCCUCCAAAACGUGAGCGGCAACGGCAACAUCAGCGAACGAUACGGCCGCGGAGUCGGUGGCGACAUGGCUGGCGGCGGCGCGGGCUAUUCGAAUAACGGGCCCUACGUAAAUUACCCGCCUCACACCGCGAACGGCAACAGCGGCAACGGCACGUACGCGCCGACGCCCUUCAUGCAACCGCAGGUAUAUAUGGGCAACAGCAACAGCGGCAGACCCGGCGAAGCGGUGCCAUACUGCGGCUCUCCUUCUGUCCCUGGCUACCUCAUGGAGAUGGCGAGCGGGUACAACACACUGCCACCACAGCAGCAGCAGCGUAUCAACAUCAUGAACACGGUCCCCGAUCCUCACAAGUCCAAGUCUGACCACAGCAGCGGCCAUUCACGCGUUGGAAGCAGCCUCGCGCACGGUGUGGUGGUUUGGCCGGCAAUGCAGCCUAGCAACGCUCAGAUGCCGCCGCCUCCCGCGUCCAGUCACAUGAACUGCGCACUGCCAGGCCAGCAGCAGGGAGAGGUCAUGGGAAGCCCGUCAGGCUUCGCGUACGCGGCAGCGACAUCGUCGAUGUCGUAUAAGCCGGCGCCGCCCACCUAUCACGCCGCUUCCCACAAUGUCAAUCCCCCUGCUGCAGGUACGUGCGCCUUAGCCUCAUCCCCACAGUCGUCGCCGAUGUCAGGCGAGCAGGUGAGCAACUCGCCACUCAGGGCUGAUGUGGCCGCGUUACCGCAGCUGCGCCUUCAAAGCCCCGGCAACAGCGACGCUCAGCACGGUCUGAUCAUGGACGCCGCCAAAAGUGCCGCAGCCAGUCGGCCGCUGCCUGACGCAAAGGCGCCUUGGGCGAACGGCAAGAAUGGCGAGGUGCCGCGCUCGUCGGAGCCAGCGAAGUCCGCGACUUCCAGCACCACACACGGCAACGGCGCGACGGCAACGCUCGCAGCGGCUGCACCGUUUCCUCACGGCUGCGUCGGCACGAAUCGUGGCGACGUCGGCGCCGCAGGCAACUGUUUCGCGGCCAGCCAGUGCAACGGGUCGGCGACGCAGCAGGCGGCUCGAAGCAGCAGCGACCCGCAUUCCACCAAGGCCCCGGAUGAGAGCAAAGCCACCGACCAAGUGACAGCGCCGAAGGCGGCUGUGCUACGGAGCGUGAUGCCGUGGUCGCUGCAGGGCGGAACAGGGUGGGAAAGCAAUGAUGACGCGAGAGACGACACAACGCAGUUCCUGCUGCGCAGCACAGAGCUGCUGGACGUCGGUGAUGACGACGCGACGGAGGAGCCUGCUGGCGGCAACAGCAACAACGCCCCUAGCGGUGGAACCGCAAGCAAUGUGGAAGAGCUUGGCGCACACCGUGUUGCCCGACUGGUGGCAGGCCGAGACAUGUUUGUCGCUAACGCGGCCCAUCAGCUACCACAGCCCACGCCGACAAAGAACAUAGAUAUGUCAAUCAUGAACAUGCUACUGGCCGCUGCCCCGCAGCCGCAGCCGAGCGAUGCCGCGAUGUCGUCCACUGCCGCUGCGCGGCAGCUGACCUUCCCUACUGUCGCAGAGCCGCCCAAGCCCGUCCCAGCACCGUCCUUUCAACCCGGUGGUGUCUUUCCUGUGUACGUCCUUCAGUUGCCAGCACACCCACCGCAGCCUCAGCCGCAGCUAACCACUACCUCGCCGUUGCCAGCGGCGGCACCGCCAUCGGACAAGCCACUCUAUUACACCAUGGCCAACGGCGUGCCCCUCCUUGUGCAGCCAUCAACGACGCCUGGCGGGUUGGCGGUCACCUACCCGAAUGGCCAACCGUUCCCGCACGGUGGCGAUGGGUUCAUGCCGUAUCCGGCUAUGCCUCAGCCGCCACCGCCACAGCAGCUGCAGCAGCAGCCGAUACCCAUGAUGCCACACGGUCAAGCUAUGAUGAGCACGGCCGGCCUCGAUGGGCGGCCGGUGGCGCGGCUCUCCGUGCAGCCUAGUGCCAGCUGGGGCAGUCAGUACCGCUUUUUCCCCAGCAGCCCCGGCAACCUUGCAGGUGCCUUCGCGAAUAGUCGCGCACCGGCGUACAGCAACAACAACGGCAACAACCCUUUCCAGGCUGGUAACGACUUCUCGUAG